UUCUUUCUUUCUCUGCCCCUCGCUCCCUCACGCACCCACAAUCCCUCCCCCGAAACCCUUGCUGCCGCCACCUACGCCUCUUGUUCCGGCGUGUCCUGGCGGGCCUCGCUGGCGCGCAGCCCAGAUCUGAGCUCCCCUGCCUCCGCUCUUCCCUCCGCUCCGGCCAGAUCCGGCUCUCGCGUCCCCGGUAGCUCAUCCCCAACCCCUUCCCACGGCUAGGAUUUCGAGGGUGGCGUUCCCACCAAUUCCGGCGCGGCGGCGGCGACUGUGCUCCGCCCUCUUCGACGCCCACCAACCUAGCCGCAUGGCACGGCCAUGGCCAUGGCGGCGGCCAGAUCCACCCCCUCCCUCAUCUCCUCGCUGCCUCCACCUCCUCCCGUCCUGCAGCGGCGUGUCCCGCCACCACCUCCUUCCUUGAUGCGUCCCGCAGCGACGCCCAUCGCGUCCCGCAGAUGUCGUCCCUCUCCCUCAAUCCCCACCCCCAACCAAAAUCUUCCCCAUCUCCUCCGGCCGAUUCUCCUCCCCUCUGCGUCCCCUUCCCCACCCCCGCUCCCAGAUCGCGCCGCGCGCCGCCCCUGACCGCCGCGGGAACCCCACCCCGCCACCGACGAGGCCCGACCCCCCGGGGGCCCAUCCAAGAUGGUGCUCGCGUAGCUGGGCGGGAGCAUCUCCCGCGCGCUCGUGCAGAUGAGCAACGCCACGGUCGACGAGAAGGUGCUCGGGGAGUGCCUCAACGAGAUGCCCCGCGCGCUCCUGCAGUCCGACGUCUGGUGGCAGGGUGGAUGCGUGCUUGUUGAUUGUCCGAGACUGCUUUUGUUUCUACUUCUCUUUGGUGAAGCCCGCGAGUUUCUCAACUGGGAUUAUGGCCAAGUUUCAAAAGCAAACUUGAUCGAGAUGGCCUCGCAGAACACCGGGUCGGGAUCGUCAACUUCUUUGGGCAGUCUAUUUGAUUCUGAUGUUGAAGAAAACAGUGCCCCUUCAGUGCCCACCAUAGAAGCUGACCGAGAUACCGAGGAGCUAGAUUCUUUCUCAAAAAAGAGGUCGUAUUUACUGAGCAAAAUGAGCUUCUCGAAGCAAGAAGUCGAUAUGGCAGUCAGUGAGUUAGGUGAGUGUGCAUCAAUUGAUCAGCUUGUGAACUGGAUUGUGACCGCUCAAGAAGCUACAACUGAGCCAUGGGCAAGGGACAAGACUUGCAUCAACAUCGUGGUCAUUGGUGAUGUCGACCACCACUGGCCAUCUGAUCUACAAGCUUGGAGGUAUUGACAAGCGUGUGAUCGAGAGGUUUUAGAAGGAAGCCACUGAGAUGAACAAGAGGUCAUUCAAGUAUGCAUGGGUGCUCGACCAGCUGAAGGCUGGCCGUGAGAGGGGUAUCAACAUUGAUAUUGCCAUGCGGAAGUUCGAGACCACCAAGUAUUACUGCACUGUCAUUGAUGCCCCUGGACACCUUGAUUUCAUCAAGACUCCACCACUGGUUGUUUCUCCUAGGAUGGCUGGACCUGUCAGCACGCCCUCCUUGCUUUCACUCUUGGAGUGAAGCAACAAGGUGAAUGGAACUUGUGUUGUUGGUAGAACUCCGUUGAGGACUUCUACCCAUGUUGAAGAGCAUGUUCUGUGGUAUCCAAGAGUAGCUAGCUUCUGUACUGGCAGAGCGGUCUAUUUGUAGAUCCCAAUAUUUAUGAUUGUGUGGAUCUGGGUGAAGUUUGAAGUUCCUGGGUAUGCAAGAUUCGAUGGUUAAACUGGUUGAUGUGAUGGAAUGAGUGUAUGGAAACUGGGUGUUGUGAUGUGAAUGAGUGUAUGUAGUUUCACGUGUUCUGCUCUGUAUAGCAUAUUGUAAUAAACUUAUUUUAGUUGUUAUUUGAAGAUUUUCAUAUGCUUUCUCUCU